AGGCCAUGAAUUAAAAAAGAAGAAGAAGGAGUAUGUUCAUAACCUACGCGUUUUCACUGAAGUUAAAUUCACUUCGAACGAAGUGUAAUACACUACGUUAUCUACAGCGACUUAGCAAAACAUAGUAUCUCCUUACUAGUCUGUGUAGCAAACCUUCACGUAUACUGAUUUCUUUCAAGGAAAUUAAAUAAUCUAAGCUUUUAAAGUACCAUAAUGGCAAAAAGAUCGGCGUCUAUGGCUUUCGAUUCUGAUGCCAAGACAGAUCAAACGAAACCUAAAAAAGAGGGAAAGAAACAUUCUUUGGAUUCAGAUGAAGAAGAUAGUGGAGCUGAAGAAGAGAAACGAAACAUUCUUGAUGCUGAUGACAUUGAAGGUGAAGAGGAGGGUGUCGCAGGUGUCGAAGGUGAAAUUACAAUCACACCUUUCAACAUGAAAGAAGAACUUGAAGAAGGCCAUUUUGAUACUCAAGGACAUUAUCAUUGGAAAAAAGAAAAAGAAGUACGUGAUGGAUGGCUUGAUAAUAUAGACUGGGUAAAAAUAAAAGGCCGACCUGAAGAUAAAUACAAAGUCCAUAAAGAUGAUGACAACAAAGGUCUGGGUGAUGAUUCAAGCAGUGAAGAUGAUGAACCAGAAGAAAAAUUUGAUUUGAUAAAAAACUACCAAGAAAUAUUACAGUACAUGAAGCCGAAAGAGACUAUAGCUAAAACUUUGCAGCGACUAGGUACAAGUUCUAAAAUUUCCAGUGCAGAACGUUGGAAAAGAAAGAAAGCUGGGAUUGUGGACGAAAGCAGUAUAUUAGUGACAAGGAUAACAGAGCUUGCAAAUCAAAUUCUAACCAAACUAGGUAAUAUGGACAUCUAUCAAGAGACAUAUGAGAAGAUAAAUUUAAUAAUUGCUAAAAAUAAAAAUAAAAAUGAAGAUGCAAAUCUAGAUAUGUAUGCUGAUGAUUUUGAUCAAAGAGAGAAGCAGACUAUGGACAAAAAUAAUACUGAUAAUACUAAUAUGUCAGAAGACAAAGAUGAUAAUGAAGAAUCUCAAGUUGUUAAAUGGGAAUUCAAGUGGAGUCAAAAUGAUGAUGCUGAAGUCAUUGGCCCUCAUUCCACUGAGCAAAUGCAAAAAUGGGUACAAGAAGGAUAUUUUAAAAGUGGUGUUUGGGUCAGAAAGCAUGGUGAGGACAGUCAGUUUUAUAAUUCCAACAGAAUUGAUUUUGAACUGUACAUGUAGUAUGUUGCAUACAUCAAUACAAAUCAAAUUCACAAUGUUGUUUUAUUAAACAACUGUA